ACCCGAUCGAGCGCGACGGGAACCCCCACCCAAACCCUAACAACAAGGCGGCGGCAAUUGCUCCGGCUAAGCAGUGAACCUCCCCUGCCGCACCUAAUACCAAUGGCGGCACCUCCGGCCACGGCUUCCGCGUCAUCCUGGUGCCCCUCCGCGGUCAACCCGCGCGCCGCCGCUUCGCUCGUCGUCCACGCACCUCCCUCUGGCGGGCCCCGGCGAGGUGGGGAUCGCUUCCUCGGCGUCCGUGCCAAGGCUGUAAGUGGAGUGCAGAGUGGUGCCGUGGUGGACGAUGGAGUGCAAAGACCGUGGAAGCUCAGUGAUGCCCGGCUUGUUCUCGAAGAUGGUUCGGUGUGGAAGGCUAAAUCUUUUGGUGCUUCAGGAACGCAAGUUGGUGAAGUGGUAUUCAAUACAUCUUUGACAGGGUAUCAAGAGAUUUUGACCGACCCAAGCUAUGCUGGUCAAUUUGUCCUCAUGACCAACCCACAUAUCGGAAACACUGGUGUUAAUCCUGAUGACGAAGAGUCAAACAGAUGUUUCCUUGCUGGUCUCAUCAUAAGGAAUCUAAGCAUAUGUACAUCCAACUGGCGAUGCAAAGAAACACUUGAAGAGUAUCUGAUGAAGAGGAACAUUAUGGGAAUAUAUGAUGUGGAUACACGUGCCAUAACACGGAGAUUAAGAGAAGAUGGCAGUCUAAUUGGUGUCUUAAGUACUGAUCAAUCUCGGACUGAUGAUGAGUUGUUGCAAAUGGCCAAAAGUUGGAAAAUUAUUGGUGUUGAUUUGAUCAGUGGUGUCACAUGUGAUGCUCCGUAUGAAUGGGCAGACAGGACUGAUUUAGAGUGGGAAUUCAAGAAGGGUCAAUCGACUGAAAGUUUUCAUGUGGUCGCAUAUGAUUUUGGAAUCAAGCACAAUAUUUUGAGACGUUUGACAUCAUAUGGAUGCAAGAUAACUGUUGUUCCAGCCAAUUGGCCUGCUUCAGAUGUACUUAGUUUGAAGCCUGAUGGUGUUUUUUUUAGCAAUGGUCCUGGAGAUCCAGCUGCAGUUCCAUAUGCUGUGAAGACAGUACAAGAAAUAAUAGGGAAGGUUCCUGUCUUUGGCAUCUGUAUGGGUCACCAAUUGAUUGGGCAAGCUCUUGGUGGGAAGACAUUUAAAAUGAAGUUUGGUCACCAUGGAGGAAACCAUCCUGUUUGUGAUCUUCGAAGCGGACGUGUUGACAUAAGUGCACAAAACCAUAAUUAUGCUGUUGACCCAGAGUCUCUUCCAGAAGGGGUGAAAGUAACCCACAUCAAUCUCAACGAUAAUAGCUGUGCCGGCCUUCAGUACCCUAAGAUGAAACUUUUGUCUCUUCAGUACCAUCCAGAGUCCUCACCAGGGCCACAUGACUCAGAUUUAGCUUUUGGCGAAUUUAUAGAGCAAAUGAAGAACAACAGAUUGUGACUUUUGAGGCGCGAAUACAGGACUAAAGGGUCUGAUACUUGAAUGGGAGGAAUGGGAGUAUUUUAUCAGGUUUGUGGUGAGAGCCACAAGACUCAAUAAUAUGUUGUAUCUGUAGCUUUUCAUACUUAUUAUUAUAAGCUCCGACAAGCUUGAAUGCAAGGGUCAAGGACUCGGGAAUAAGUUGCUUUGUGACUAAAUCAGUCUACGCGAAGAUAUUUUACUCAUCGGACUUCCAUAAUUUACAUACUCAUUGCUUGUAAAGCAGCGAUGCAUGUGUGCUGUGGGGGUGCAGCAGGGAUGCCCCAUUCUAUCAAUUCCACUAAACAUGCUACAGAUGCCAUA